AUUUAUCUACUGUCGUUCACAAAAGCAAUACGAAAAGAUCGAUAUCAGUAUGCGCACGUGGUAACCGAACUGUAGCUUCCACCUAACGGUAUCAGAUGCGCUAAUCAACUCUCAUAACAUCAGUCAGAAUAUGCAGAUGUCACCAUUAUCCUUGGAUACCAGGAAAACAACACAACAUUUUCAUAUAACGUAAUGGAAAUCGUCGAAAUAACGCAGUAGAUCGUUAACGCAUCUUCGUUCCAGUACCUGAAAUAUAUAUCAUCAAGAAGAUGGUAAAAAAGUCACGUGAAUUAAAUGCAAAUGCACAAUAUUAUGCACUCUCUUUUUUUCCCGCCACCACCUGAUACACUCUUAAAUGCUUGAAGGUCUGCUUGCUAUUUUACGGAAAUUACGAUCGAAUCCUGAUAAAGAGCUGCGAUUGUUAUUACUGGGUCUGGACAAUGCUGGAAAGACGACUAUUUUGAAAUCUUUGGCAAGCGAAGAUAUUACCCAAGUAACUCCAACACAAGGUUUUAAUAUAAAAAGUGUCCAGAGCGAAGGUUUUAAAUUAAAUGUUUGGGAUAUUGGUGGAGCUCGAAAAAUUCGACCAUAUUGGCGAAAUUAUUUCGAAAAUACAGAUGUACUUAUUUACGUCGUUGAUAGUGCGGAUAUCAAAAGGUUGGAGGAAACGGGACAGGAAUUAUCAGAGCUUCUGUUGGAAGAAAAGUUACGCGGAGUGCCAUUGCUAGUAUACGCGAAUAAACAAGACCUGGGACACGCCGUGACGGCAGCCGAAAUAGCCGAGGGACUCGGUUUACAUAAUAUCAAGGAUCGUGAUUGGCAAAUACAAUCGUGCAUUGCUAUUGAGGGCAAAGGCGUGAAAGAAGGUUUAGAAUGGGCAUGCAAGAACAUUAAAAGGAAGUAAUAAACACACCGGAAAUCAAGAGACAUAAUUGACGUUUAUUAGGGCGCACGAAAGGAACAAGGCUUACACCAUCUCCAUUGUAUAUUUUACACAUGAUCUUUAUUUAUCUUUUAACUACUAUUUACAAAAAAUUAUUUAGAACAUUGUUAUAUGUAGAUUCGGUAUGAAUGUAUGUAUAUCGAAUAGGUUUCUACAAACUCGUUGUCAUAUCGAACAUAUCCAAUUGUCAGACUUCCGUCCAUUUCGGACUCGAGAAGUUCUAUUUUUCGCAGAAAAGAAAGUAAUAGCGAGUCUCCAUAAAAUAUAUACGGCAAACUUUACUUAAAUGUGCCUUCUUGCUGUUUUAACUAUAGAUUGGAAUUUUUAUAGAUUUAUCUAGUGAGAAAUAAAAAAAUAAAGAGAUGUAACAAAA